UGGAUUAAAAUAUCUCAGAAACUAGAAAUCGGACCUGCAUAUUGUAAGCGAGGGAAUUUUUCAAUAUUUCAUUCUCUCUAUAAUGGGCUAUUAUUUAUAAUUUAUAUUUCAUAUUAUUAAUCUCGCCUUGUUGAUAAUUUCACUUCUUUCACGUAGUCUAAAGCACACACUUCAGUUUUUUAAUUUCCAAAAUUUAAAGAGUGUGAUUAAUAAGUAGUGGAAAAAAAUUACAGUGAUACAAAACUUAGUUAAUUUAAUGUCACAGCAUCUUGAAUGUGUUUUUAAAGUAAGAGGUAGCUCUAUUAAUUUAUUAAUAUAAGUUUUAAUAUUUAUUUGAUAUAAUAAUAAUGAAGUGUACGAAUCCUUUUGGCUCAAACUGUUCAUUGAUUAUAUUAAAUUUAAAUUUGAUUAGUUUAAAUUUUAAAUUUAUUUAUAUGACAAUAUUUUAUGCAGUUUAUAUGAUCAAAAAUAUGUUUUUUUAAAUUAAAUUUUUGAUGAUAAUAUAAUAUGAAAAUAUUAUUUUUAAUUAUCUCUCCCGAAUAUGAUAGCAAUAUAUUUUUAUUUUCUGUCUCACAACUUUUGACCCUGACCAUACCUGAUUACUAUAGCAACCAUCCAAUCAAUGAAGCUAAUUUUAGCAUAGUAAGACAUUCUAAUAAUAAUAUAUUGAAAAAUUGACAAUACAAUUAAAGAAAAUGAAUAAAAUAUCAGAUGUAUUAGAAGAGACAAAGAAUAUGGCUUCCACAAACAUAGGUAAAAGAAUUACUUUUGAAGGUAUGUAUGAAAGAACAACUUUCUUUAAUAAUUUUCAAUAAUUAUAAUAUUCAUUACUAUAAUUUAUCUAACUUUAUAAUAAUAGAAGUGAACUCUGUCUGGAAUCAAAUUGCACAACAUGUGAAGAGAUGUUUAGAACAAGAGAAAGUAAGUGUUUAAUUAAAUGAAAAACAAAAUGUAAAUAUAUACAGAAAUUUACUUUUUCAUAAAAUGAAGAAGAAAGCGACAUUAAAAUUACCUUUAUACAUAAUUACUUAAUGUUUGUUUCAGAGUAUUAUAAUCAAAGAAGUAGGAACAUUCACGUUGAAAAAAUGGAAGCUAGAUGCAGGCAUCCAGCACGAAAUUAAUUUCUUUCAACCGAUCUUUUUCUUAUCGAAAACACUCACGGAGCAAUAUGAUCUUCAUCAACGGAAAGACUAUGCUACUGACAGUGUAAUAAUAAAAAUAAAAUUAUAACAUUAUGAGAGAAUAUUAGAAGAAGAAAAAAAAAAAAAUCAAUGCAUAAAAUAACAUGAUUUCAGAUGCCAGUUACUGUAAUGAACCUAUGUAAAGUUAUGAAAACAUGUAACUACAAAAAGGAAACUGUUAUUUUAUGUUUGGAUGAAGUAGUUCAGUGUUUAAGGUAUUUGAUAGCAGAGGGAAAAGAUACAAAAUUAGAAUUUCCUGGACUGGGAGAACUGAAAGUAAUAAAUACAGUCGUGACAUUUAAAUUUUAUAAAGACAUGAAACCGGAUAAAAAAUUACCCGAAAAGCCUUGUUACAGAUAUGAAAAUACAAUGAAACCAUAUAUUAAAAAGGUUGUACACCCUUGUGCUGUUCACGACAGCGCUUAUUAAAAAAAUAUUGAAUAUUAUCAGAACAAUAUUGUAGAACUUUCAAAAUAAUCAAUGAAUAAUAUUUGUAACAAUAUUAAUAGUCAAUAAUAUUAAUGGUUCCUGGUACGAUUUAAAUGAAUUUACCUCUUCCACAAUCUUUUUUGAUGAAUUUUAUAUCUUAUUUUAUUUUCAAUUACUUCCUAUGGUUUCUUUUUACUUUCACUUACUUAUACGGAUCUGCCUCGUUCCAAAACUCCUUUACUGCUCGCUCUGUUAAUUUUUGGAAUUCCCUUACUACCAAAAUCUGACAUUCUUUAUCCCUAUCUACCUACAUUCAAAACCCUCCUAUUCCAAUAACAGUCAGAUACCAGCUAACCUUUUAUGUAAAAUUACAUAUUUUUUUUUUCAACAGAAAAACAGAUUUUACUGUUAAGAAGAAUUUACAUUUAUUUUUUUUUUUUUUUUGUAUUUUUUCUAAAAGGGUUUAUUUAUAUUUUACCAUUGUACAUAGUUUUAAGUAUCUUAGUAUGGUUUCGAGAGUUUUGUAUAUAGAUUAUUUUAUUUUAUUUUGUAUAUAUUAUGUAUAACUAAUAUAUUUUUUUUUUUUUGUUUCUUUACUGAUUUACCUUUAUCUUUACUUUUUAUGUUUGUUUUUAUCUGGCCAGAUGUAAAAUUUUAAUUUCUGUACUUUUUUGUUAUUCUGAAGGGACUUCGUCCCAGAAUAAAAUUAUUUUCUAUUCUAUUCUAUACAGGAUUUUUCAGGGUUAAGUGGCCUAACUGCAAAAAUGAACUAAGGACUUCAAAACAAGAAAAAAAUUUCCUCAGAAAUUCGUCAGCAAACGCUUUGUUUAGGAAAUAGUCACACCUUAAGAUUUGUUAUGAAUUAUUUACAUUAUAUUAAGUAAAUAAAACUUAUUUAUUUGUUCCAACCGCUUUAUUAAUGCAACGUUAACAUUAAAUACAUAUUAAAUGUUGUUUAAAGUGAUUUCCUUGAACAUUAAGACAGGCUCGGCAUCUUUCUUCAACAGCAGCAGUGGCAGAACGGCACUGGAUAUGUGUUCCUGUUUCACAAGAUUCAAUUAUCCUUCUUCAUAAAGAAUUGAAGUCAUUGACCAGACUUACAUAGACUUUUUGUUUAAUGUCAAAAACCGUAUACAAAAACCAUACCGGCAUGUUCAACAUUAGUAUAAAUGGAAGGUAUAAUGAUGAAUACUCUGCGAAAGCCUCUUACAAACUGAUAAAAGUUAUUGACAGUUCCCAAUGCUAAUUCCAAAUAGUAUUAAUCAUUAUAAAGGAAGGAGAUGGUCCGGGGUGGUGGUCAUAAAUAGGCUAAAUAGUGGUAAAACUACUUUAUUAAAAGCUGACGCUUCAUGUUUUAUGUAGUGAAAUGCAGGUUUUGAGAUGGUUUUUGGUUUCACCAAUAUAGGAGCUAUUAUAAUUAGGAGUAGAGCAAGGUAUCAGGUAAACUACGUUAGAUCGGUGUUGUAAAAGUAUGGGAUCCUUCAAGUUGGUGAAAAGGAAAGAAAGUUUGUUAAGGGACUUAAGGCCAAGACGUACGUAAGUUGGUUAGUCGAUUUAAGGAAUUUUUGUAUAUUAUCUGAGAGAAUAGGAAUAUUGUAUGAUCUCUCUUUAAUUUUAUUUUAAAUUUAUAUUUACACUCUACAUCAAUGUAUGAUCAUACUUUUUUCACUUUGUAUUCAUGUUACUUAUUAACCACGUCUCAAUAUUAUCUAAUAUUCAAAUGUAAUUUUCUUACAUAUGUACAACCUAAUAUAAUUAUUAAUUUUUUCCUCUCUAUACUUAUAAGUUAGUUCUGCAAUGUAUGUAUUUAAAUGAAGUUAUUUCUAUAUUUAUAUUUUACUUCUGCCAAUUUUGUGUUUAUUCACAUUGUACUCUUAUCUAUAAUCUCUCAAUUCUAUUUAAUAUGUAUAUGUAUAUAUUUAUAAUUACUGUUUCAUGGAUAUAGUAUUUUUCCAUUGUAUCUAUCCAUAUUUUCAAAUUUUAGAUACUGUAAUUUUCUUGGUUUUUCCCCAUUACCCAAACAAGUCAGCAUCCCCCUAUAUCUGCCCUUACCCCUGGUUUUCCAGUUCUAAGUGAAACUCCUAGCUGAACACACCUGUAAGUCUCUAAUUUUAUUCUUCCAUUUUAUUUAAUUUUUGGUUUCCUUUUCUUUCGCCACAUUCCUUUAUGUCUAUUAUUUCAUAUUACAUCCUUUUUCCUUUUCUUUCAAUCUCUCGUGUAGAUCUGUAGAAGCAUAUUCACAUUUGCAUUUAUUAUAUAUUACACUGCAACAAUUGUUAACAUCUAUUUACUUUAGUUUAAGAUCUUGUUACUUAGCUUACUCUGUUCAUAUUUUAAUGUACUUACUGGUUAUAAUUUCAAUAAGCUUAUUAACAUUGUUUAUAAUUUUUGUCUAAAUAUUAUGUAACUGCCAAAAUUCUCUAUCUUUUCGUAUCUUGUCCGUUCUAGCCCUGAAGAGGACCUGCAAAGUCAGGUCGAAACGUCGGCUUUAAUAAAAUAGUUUUACCACUAUUUCGUCUAUUAAUGACCACCCCCCCGGACCAUCUCCUUCUUUUAUAAUGCAACGGUCAACUAUUAAAUAUUCAAUAUUAAUCCUUAGGUUGCCAAUAGUUUUUAUACAGU